AUGUCUUCCCGUGGUCCUAAAGUACCAGAGAGACCACUACAACCGUACAUGCGAUACAGUCGUAAGAUGUGGCCAAAAGUUAGAGCCGAAAAUCCGGAUGCGCAGCUUUGGGAUAUAGGAAAGAUUGUUGGGAAGAUGUGGCUUGAAACCACCGAUGCGGAAAAAUCAUUCUUUCAACAUGAAUACGAAAUGGAGAAGGCAGAUUACGACAAGCAAAUGAAGAACUUUCAAGGCAAUGGAAUGUCGAAUUACAUGAUGAGCAAGAGUCGAGCCAAAAACAACGAAAAAAUGUCAAGAAGUCGCAUGGACCCCGGAGGUGUUGUGAUUCAACCAGUGGACGAGGACGACGGGGGAAAUGAAAUGAGUACCAGGCGUUUGGCCGGAGUGAGAUUUGAACGGAACAACCGGCUUAUUAGUGAUCUUUUCUCUCCAAGUAUCGUAACUGAUACCAGAAAUAUUGUUCCUCAUCAUCGCAUGGAAAUGCUGAAACGUCAAGCCGCUUCUCUGGGAACCCACCAGAGCAAGCUUGAAGAAGAACUGACGAAACUCGAGAGAGCUCACGACAAUAGAAAAAGAUCUAUCGAGAAGGGAAGCGACGAUUUUCAAGAACAACUGAAAAAAGUAGUCAGCGAGAAGCCGGUUGUCGAUGAGGAGAAGUUUGAGCAGACUGUCAAAGAAUGGGAAGAGAAACUGGCGGCUGCCUACGAAGAGUACAAAAAGAACAAGACAGACUCGGCGACACAUAACGGUAAGCCGUGA